AUGGAGACAGCCGCCCUGGUAGCUCCAAUCACAAGUUUGGAAUUCCUUCAGGAUGAGUUUUUACUUACAGGUGAAGGUCCAGUUUUGUCAGUGUACAGUCUCCAACCUCAUCCUAAAGCCAGCGUCUCACUCAGUGUCCUCCAGCAUUACAGAAUCCAUGGAAUAAGGCCAAGAAGUCAGACGGCUGUUCCCAUACAAAGCUCUACCACAGUCAUCCACAGGCACAGGGAACACGACAAGAGCUCCACCUCAAAGCUGCGUUUCCAUGACUUGGCAGUGUUUGGAGGAAAGGGGGUGAGGCUGGUGAGGCUCUCUAUGGAUUUCCAUGUUGUGGAGCAACUACAUUUGGAGGUCCUGAGUCCCCUUUUGGAGCUACAGGACUGGGCCUUGGAUGCCCGCUGGCUCUCCGGAGACGAACAGCCACUGCUCUGUGUGGCUGUCGCUCAUAACGCUGCUCUUCUCCUGGAUGUUGUUUCAGGAAAUGUGCUGGCUCAUUGCUCCUGUUUUGAAGGUUGUUUGUUAUAUUCUGCCCUCCUUCUGGUACAUGAAUCCUGGACAGAUACCGUCUUGGUAGGGGGGACCGUUUUCAACCAGCUGGUCAUUUGGAAACCAGGGGGCGGUAAAAAAUUGAGCAAUUCUGGUCUUGGUGCUCCAGUUGAGCGACGUCUGUCAGGCCACAGUGGUGUCAUCUUCAGUAUCUCUUACCUCCAGGAGCAAGGACAUCUAGCUUCAGCAUCGGAUGAUCGAAGUGUUCGAGUCUGGGGUGUCGGAGUGAUAGGUGGCCCUGGAGGGAAAUGUGGGGAGAUGAACCCAACUUGUUUAAGAAUCCUUUAUGGUCACCAAGCCAGAGUGUUCUCGGUGUAUCUCUCUCCAGAUAGAGUGUUCAGUGCUGGGGAGGAUGGGGCCUGUUUAGUCUGGGACUUGGCCGGUGGUGAAAAGGUGAUUCGCACACUGAAGUGCCAUCGAGCAGGAGGCAUCCGUGCUCUGGCAGUCAGCGAUGUGACAGGUGAUAAGAGAUGGGUGGCUACAGGAGGGGCAGAUGGGGGGGUCAGGCUGUGGAAAGUGGAUAACAAUGAGCAGAAUAACGAGAAUAUGAAUGAGACAACAGAUAAACUAACAGAUCUAAAAUGUCCUAAUCAUGAUCCGCCAAAAGUCGUUUGUAUACUACGAAGAAAAGAUGAGAACAUGAGUUGGGGACAGUUUGUAGUUUGCACUGACAGAGCAAAAGUUUACCAAUACAGUGACGGAAAGUGGACAACAUUAUGGCAAGGGCCUCCCGAGUUUUAUUCCUACUGUGUAAUGAGCACAAUACCUGCUGCUGUAAAAGAUUCGUCCACCACGGUUAAUUUGUGUGCUGUGGGAAACCUCAGCGGAUCCUUACAGGUGUUUCCCACUUCUCAUCCUGAAUCUGGGGUCAGUCUUACAUGUGGAUCAGGGAAGAUUCAUAGUGUUAUUUGGCAAAAUGGAAAAGAUGAAGUAUAUUUGCUAGCAUCAAGUGCUGGAGGACUUGUUUAUCGUUGGUGUAUAGAUGUAAGAUUAAAUGAAAACUGUUGCGUAGUUCUUAGUGUGAAAUCUCUUCCGUCUUUUCGCCUACCUCAGUGCGCUAAGUGUUGGCUCACAGCUGCAGUUCUCCAGCUUUGCUCAGAGACGCUUCUUUGGGUUUGUGGCGACAGGAGAGGCUCCUUGCUGUUGUUUAAGGAAGGAACGAAUACAGAGGAGCAAAAAAGAGAUGAAGUGCUGAGCAACAGGAAACUAGUCAAUGACAAACAAGAAGCAGUUGAAAAAAGCAGAAUGCUGGGGAAGGAAGGAGGCGAAGAAGAAGUGCUGCAGCCACUGAGCUGUCUGUUUGGGGUGCAUUUGAAAUAUGGCGUCACUUCAGUGUGUGAGCACCAAGGACUGCUCUACAGUUCUGGUAGGGACGGCUGUGUGAGGGUUUUCAGAGUGAACCGAGCAUCACCUGAAAACCCGGAGGAGAGCCAACAAGAUGGAAGCGUUGAGAAGGAAACGCUUCAGCUGGAAGUGCUCCGAGUCCAGAGGGCCUGUAAAGGGAUGGAGUGGGUGGAACGAGUUUUAUUUCUUGAAUCUGAAAUUCCAGUAGAGAAAGAGAAUUUUGAACAUCAGUGGGCGGCUGAAGAUGGAGAAGCCAAGGAGAGAGAAGCCAAAUUUGUCAUUGCAGGCUUCCACGCUGCUCAUUUUGUGAUUUGGGACCCUGUGAGGCAGGAAACGCUGAUGGCGGUGCCAUGUGGUGGAGGGCAUCGCUCUUGGAGCCUCUGGCCAUCGCACACGAGCAUUUGGCCUGGAUAUGGAGCUCUGGUCUUCAUCAAGCAGGGAGCAGUCCUGACUUCUCAACCCCCCGGAGAGACGCUUGACUGGGCUGAGAAGGAGGGAGGCGUUGCAGGGUGGAGCUUGAGAGAAGCCAUUCAUGGGCGGGGGAUCUGGUGUGUCUGCAGGCUGGGGAGGAUUGAGGAGUUUAGAAAUGACAUUCAGACAAAGUGCGAUACAAAUAUGAGUGGAAAUGAGGGGUGUGAGGUGGGAGCAGAGAAAAUGUGUUGGGAGAUUGUGGUUACAGGAGGAGAGGACACCAGCUUAGCUGUCCUGGCCAUAAAUCCAGUUUCUGGCAUCAUCAGAGUUCUCUCAGUUCUCACCGACCACAUCUCAGGAGUGCGCGCAGUGACGGCAAUAACGCGCUCAAAAGAAGGAAGCAAAAAACAGACGUCAUCGCUCUCUGCCCUGCUGCUGUCGGCCGGCGGUCGGGCUCAGAUCCAGUGUUAUCGGCUGGUGGUCGUCUGGGACAGUCAGAGACAGUCCCCUUCCUGUCAGGUGGUCCAGGUGGCAAGCCACCGCUUGGACAUACAAUGGGAAAGGAGGCGGAACCGACACAGAACUGUGAAACUGGACCCAGAAACAAGAUAUGUCUCCAUAGAAGUUCUGGAGGAAAGGAUGGACUGUGUCUUUCUGGCUUUGUCCUGCAGUGAUGGGGCUGUCAGACUUUUUUUGGUCAAUGAGGUUAAAAAUCAAAUUGACUUGUUGUGGGAGACAUUUUACCACCAGCGCUGUGUGCUCAGUGUCGCCUCCUGCAGCCUGAAGGAAGACCAAACCAACAGGUCUACACUGCUGUUUAGUGCUGCUACAGAUGGGAAAAUUGCUGUGUGGCAUUUGACUAAAGCUCAGUUUUCAUCGACUGUUUAUUCAAGUGGUGCUCCAACCCCACCAGUCCCCUGCCUCGACAUUCCCGCCCACCAGAGUGGCAUCAACUCAUUGGCUGUUUGGGCAGAGAAACUGGGAAGACAAGAGGGUGGUUGCCUUGUAACUGUUGUGAGUGGAGGAGAUGAUGGGCAGCUGACAGUGUCCACAGUAAGGGUGCAGUACCCAGAAGAUGGGAAGAUUGUUGGCAGCUGUCAUGCUCGUACACUAUCACAAGCACAAGUUGAAUCUUCUAACCAGAUUCAGCUUCAGCUGCUUUCCCAGACCCACAUCCCACUGGCCCAUGCUGCCCCCAUUACUGCCCUGAAGCUCCUGAGUCCUGGCCUUCUUGUCUCUACAUCCUCAGAUCAGAGGGUUUGCUUGUGGAAGGUCAGCAAUACUGGUGUCAGCCACAGCGGGGCACUGUUCUCCCAUGUAGCUGAUGCUGCAGGGCUUGCAGUGUGGGAGGAGGGUGAAGGAGGUGAAGAGGGAAUGACAGGUUUUGCGACUGAGCAAGUAAAUGCAGACUGUGGGGGAAAAGUUGACCCAGUUUGUCAGAACAGUGACAGAAAAGGCUGUGAGACAACUGGUGAUACAGAUGGGAUGAUGAGUUCAAAGACUUCCUAUGGGAGCAGGAAAAAGAGAUUGAAGGUGGGAUGGGUGCUGGUUUGUGGUCAGGGCUUCCAGCUACUGAGACUCAGAAGCUCAGAGAUGGAGACAGAGAAAAAAGUAAAGGAGAACCAGCCAGUUGCAGUGACACUAAAGUCAAAACACUAAAAUAAUUUUUACUUUCCAAAGGAAAUGUUGAUAUUUAUGUUGA